AUGCCGAAUAGAGCAUUAUUAAACGGUUCAUCAUCAGUCAGCUCUGUUUUAUCUCGUAUGUCACCAUCUGUUAUAACGGGUCCACGUUCCUUUUUUACACAAUUUAUGAUGACCAUUACUGUUUCGGUUCUUCUGAUUGGAAUAUUGUCAGGUGUUUCAUGUUCCCCUGCAUCAUUAUCAAAUCCAAUAGAAAAUACUAACAAUAAUAAUAACAAAAAUACUGAUGAAUCGAAUGGAUUGUUUGAUCAAAAUGACUAUCAACAUGGUUCACAACAAGAUUCAUCUUCAAUUUCAUUAUCCCAUCAUGAACAACCGUUUGCCGGAUCAUCACCAAUUUGGCCUGCUCAACCGCGAGCCCAUGCUAAUCAAUUUUUAAUGUCGCAUGCCAACAACAAUGAUGCCAUGGUACCAAAAUGGUUUACACAACUUAAUAACAAUGACAAUGACGAUGAUGAUGAUGAUGAUGAUGAUUAUGCUCCAUCAGGUAUAUCAGUCAAUAAACGGUUAUCAUAUUAUAAUGUCGGAAGAUAUCCAAUUUUGAACAAGCGUAAACAAGUCACAAAACCUCCUAUGGAAGUUAUGAAUGAAAUUGUCAAUUCAAUUUAUCUUAAACGUUAA